AUAGCAGGCUUGGCUAUAACAGCCUUGAGGAGGCCCGUAUUUUGACGAUUACAAGCAUCGCCAUUGACGAAAAUAACACCAAUCCAGAGUUCGACCAUUCUCCCCGAGACGGAAUCGGGCGAGCCGAGGAAUAGUUUUCGUUCUACGUCAAAUCACGGUGACGCAAUGUUUUAUUAUUAACCCUGGCUGCGGACCUUCGUCUCGCCCCUCGGGCGUCAGUCUUGCUCCUUCCACUGGCCGGAAUGGACGCGACGGAAAAAAAAUCUGAAGACGACGAGUGCAAGGCGGUCGCCAAGAAAAUCGGCACCGGCUCCAGCAUCUUGCACUUGCUCUACAAAUUCGGCAAACAAAUCGGGAAAGUAGCCUUCGUCUACUUGUUCGGCUAUUUCAACCUGAGUCCAGCCUGGCUCCUCGGUCCCAUCUUCCUCUCCGUCCUCAGGGAGGAAUGGAGCAAGGAAAAAGAGCUGAAGAGAAACAUCGCCAAAGCGGCAGCCCUAUCCAACGAAAAGGAAGUCAUAUUAGCCAGAGUGGACGACUUGCCGGCAUGGGUUUUCUUCCCCGAUAUCGAGAGAGCCGAAUGGGUUAACAGGGUAAGUUUAGGGUAAAUCGAUAGCACUUAAAAAAAUUAAAACCCUAUUACCGCUCCAUUUUCCU